AUGCCCCCGUAUAGAAUGGACAGAAGGUCUGCUAGAAUAAAAGCAGAGUUAGAAAGAUAUGGUUGGAGAGUUUCAAAGAAGUUUAAAUAUAGGAAGGGAAGACCCAUAAAAGUCUAUGACAAACUAUCUGGUCUUCGCUAUGAAAUGGACUUAGAAACAGCACGCGCAAAUUAUCCAAACAGACUAGAGAGGUUAGAAGAAGAACGGCUUAUGGACAUGCCUUUCGAUGUUAAUGAACCUCAAGUUGAAGGACACGACGGCUUUGCCAGAUUCUACUGGAAACAUGACGAACAAUUGCAUCCUUUGAGAAGGAAAAAAGGAAAAGGUGAAGACGCACAUGCUCCCAUGGAAAGAACAAGAUAUGCAUAUGAGAAGUACCGUGAAGUUAGAAGUAAAAUUACAUCUGGUCGAACCUUUACAGUAAACUUUGACGAAGGAAAGAACAAAGAAGGCUUCAUGGGAGUACUUGCUGCAAUUCAAGACGGAAAUAAGAAAGGAUACAAUCUCAGAUUGACCGUAACAGAUUUAGAUGGUCAUAUAUACUAUGCACAUGGCAAUGUCACAACAGCCGCACAACUUCUUGACGCUUUCAAGACUACAAAGAGAGAACAAAUGGUUGACUCCGACUCAGAUAUUUUGAAUGCAAUUGAAGGAAUUGCAAGCGUGAAGUUCGAAUGGUACCAACCUAACCCUCAAGCAGUCAGACAACAUGCUGGAUACUUCCCCUUCAGAAAUAAGUCUGACAUUAACUUAACAAGGUAUGGAAUUUACAAUUCAAUUGAAACAAUUGUCAAUGAACCUUGUAUUCUUACAUGUCUCAGGAACUCUGGUCUUGUUACAGAUGAGAAGAUGAAGUAUCUUGAGUCAUGUGUGAAAACAAGGUACAUUCUCAGAAGUCAAUUGACAAAAAUUGCACCGUUGGCAAAUGUGAAUAUCCGAGUUAACAUUCCGACUGAGAAAGGUUCUUCACAUGACGACUAUGUUGUUGACUUCAAAUUGCCAUGGUUGAAGAUUGUACUUGUCCACAACCACUUCAUGUUGAACGAAAGUCUUACAAACCCAUUGUUCGGAAAAGGUAAGUGCAACAUUGUCAGAGCUGUUAACAUUCUUUUCGAGAAAGGCUUGUUGGAACCAAUUCCAGAUGACAAGCUGACAGAAACUUUUGUACCAAAAGACGAAACAAACUUUUCAUUGGUAAGACCAAAAGUUGUUCCGGACAAAGUUAUAGCACAAAAGAAGUACACAGCUCCAAAAGGAGUUGGAUUGUUCGGAUACCAACCUGAACCAGAAGAACUUCCAAUGA